GAGGAAGCGCCGGUACUGUUUAAAGUUGCAAGGAUUUAUGAGGAGUGGGUCAGUGUUGUGUCUCGUCCAAGUGUCUUUAAUCGUGUCUGGCACUCGAACCGAAGAUGAGAGCUGCUUUGCUGCUGGUUUUGACUGUCUACUUCGUUAGUCAGUGCGACGGAGGUGAACUUUCCUCUUUAUGCACACAACCUCCGUCCAAGUGGUGCUCGUCUCUGGACACGGCUAUUCAAUGCGGGGUGAGUUUAUUAAUGUAACAGGAAACAGUUUUCAUUAUUUGUGUAAUAAUUGAAAAUGUUCUUUUUAAUACAGUUGUGUGUUUUAACUCACUCGUGGACUAAAACUAUUCUCAGUUAUUUAGGUUUUUGUAGGACAUUAACCAAAGUUAUGCAGCUUGGCACUGGGUCAAGUGGUAACUUAACCGGCUUUGCUCACUGAAAACAAACGACUAACGCCCUGAGUACAGUUGCUACGUGACACUUUUAUCAUUAUUCACGACAGAAAACUCAUAACAGUUAAAACUUAGGGUUGUUGUACAGUAAGUAGUUAAUACAGUUCAAUUUUACAGGGAAGUGACGACAAAACCAUGUUGUACAUCACACUUUUUUUUUUAUUUUAUUUUUUUUACUUUAAACUUUUUACUUUUAAACCUUGACUGUUUUAGACGUCUUCUCUGGCAUCACCUCUUCGGUUUAAGGAAAAAUUCAGCCAAGCGAAAGGGAAAGUCCCAAUAAUGAAACUGUUUUGCAUAGCUGUGCUGCAUUCAGGUACCGCUCGGACAGACAGAUAGGCAAAUGGACUGUGAAAAACGAAGCUAGAUUAUUCUGUGUCAGGGGUGUCAAACUCAACCACAGCAAGGGCCAUAAUCUGGAUUUAGGUCUAUUCUGAGGGUCAAACAGGGUCAUCAUUUCAUCAAAACUGUCAACUUCCUUUACAAAAAAUAUACAAAAAAAAAAAAAUAAAAAACAAUGAUUAUAACUCAUUUGGAAAUUCAAAAAAGAUAAAAAGAUAUGUUUAAAGCCAGUCUGAGAAAGAAAAAUGUAUUUAUUUUUUAUGCUAUUUUUAUUUAUUAGUUCAAAAGAUCAGAGCAUGAUAUUAAAAAUAGAAAAAUAAUGCUUUUAAAGAGCACAAACAUAAAGAGAACAUUGAAAUCGGGUAUAAAAGAUCAAAAUAUGACUUAAAAUUUUAAAAUUCUAAUCUUCCUUACUCUUUAAUUUCCUAGAUUUUGGUGGCUUAUUAAGGACAUUUUAAAUAGCAGUGCUAAAGUUUACAUUAUUAUACUGGAGGAAAUCUGCAGACUUCAUACUGGUGGGCUAAUGAUAAUACAAAUAUGAUAUGAUCUUGUUGGCCAGAUAUAAUUGUUCCACAGGCCAGAUUUGGCCCCCGGGCCUUGAGUUUGACACCUGUGCUCUGUGUGGACUACACCUCUUGGUUAUGACCUCAGAGCAUCGUAAACUGAUGUGUAAAACAUGAAUUGAUGCAAAAUAUUUAUAUAUAUUUUAAAUAUUAUAUAAAUUUUUACUUCAAUGUCAAUGUCAGCUUUAUUUAAAUAGCACGUUUAAAAACAGCCAGUGGCCUACCAAAGUGCUUCAUAGUAAAAUAACCAGACACAAUAUAAACAAUAAAAACAAUAAAAGCACAAAACAUAUAAAAAAAUAAAACAACAACUAAGAUAAACAUACCAAUUAAUCAAUGACCCAAUAAAAGUAGCUAUACUUCCUAAAAGGUUAAGUGAACAGAACAGAAGUGUUUUAAAAGUGGAAAGGCUUUUCACAGUAAGCACUGUCUGGGGUAAAGCAUACCACAAAGUGGGAGCCACGACAGAAAAUGCUCGAUCUCUAGAUUUUAAAAAGGAUCCGAAAAGGAUGGAGGAAUGUCUAAAACCACCUGAUUAGCUGACCUCAGGGCUCUGGAUGGCUGACGCAAUUUAACAAGGUCAGACAGAUAAAAGAAUCUUAAAAUCAAUCCUGUGCCUAACAGGGAGAAAGUGAAGAGAGGAAAGUACAGGAGUUAUGUGCUCCCAUUUCUUAGUCCCAGUGAGGAGACGAGCUGCAGCAUUACUUAAAUGCUGUGAUUCAUUACAAAAGAAGUUUGUCUACUCACCAAGUUUUUGCCAUUCUUUUUCUGACUCUAGUGACCUCAAGCAAAUUUUCCUGGUUUGAAUAGUUUUUUAAGAUUACUUCUAAAUUUACAUGAACAUAGCAUUGAAGCCACUCUCUCAUGGUCACUCUAAAAACUGAAUGCACAUCUCUUAGCACCUUUUAGCUGAGUCAUGGAGAUGGUGUGGGAAAUAACCCAAGCUCCCAAGCAGCCUCAUUAGAAGAAAACAGCCUGAGUUUGCAUGUAAUGCACACACCCAAAGAGGACCAAAGAGAACAAUUAGCAAAAGUCUCCUGACUCUCCUUUUCUCUCUCUCUCUCUGUCUGUAGGUUUUGAAACAAUGCCUUAUGUCAAACUUCACUCGAUCCCAUCCAAAAGAAGAUCCAGUCCAGGUGGCGCUUUACUAUGAGAGUCUGUGCCCGGGCUGCAGACUCUUUCUCACUGAGAUGCUCUUCCCAACCUGGCUCUUGCUGAAUGAAUUCAUGUCUGUUACUCUAGUUCCCUAUGGAAAUGCAAGGGUAAGCAGUUUACCAAGCACCUGCACACAAAAGGACUUAUUAUAGAGUAAUUAUAGUGAUAUAAAAUAAGUAUUUUUGUGUUUUUAAAUUUAUCUAAAAAGGGGCCAGAUUAAAAAAAAAAAGAAGGCCUAUUUAGAUUUGUGGUCCCAAAAUAGUCUUGGCAACAAAAGGAUAAUCAUGUGAAACAAAACUUUGGUUGUAUUACCGUAAAUAAUGUGUUGAACUUUUUGAACUUAUGAAUCUGUUGCAUUUACCCUUUCGCAGGAGAAACCUGACGGGCAAAAGUACGUUUAUGAGUGUCAGCACGGAGAGGAGGAAUGUUUGGGUAACAUGAUUGAGGUGAAGCUACAACCCAAAUGCACAAAAAAAAAGACAUUUCUACAAUUGUAUUUCUACAAUUAUAAUAACGAAGUAAUCUGCUUUUGUAUAAUUUCACGAAUCUAAAGCAUGCAGUGUGGAUAUGAUUGCUGAGAGAAAUUCUCAGAGGAUAUUUUUUCUAAUAUGAAGUGCAGGCUGUUUUUGUUUUGUUGUAAUAAAGUGAUUGCCUCCUUCCUUUCAGACCUGUCUACUUAACAUGACUGAAAUGGCCUUCCCUAUCAUCUUCUGCAUGGAGUCCUCCACCGACGUGCUCAAGUCAGCACAGAGCGUAAGGAACCCAACAUUUGCAUCAGCUGUUUGUCCAGUCAUUUCUGCAUCUUUAUCCUUUCCUUUCAACGUUACUGUUUCACUGCUGAAGUUGUGUUUAUUUCCCUUCUUUGCUGUUUGUAGUGUGUUCAACUGUACAGCCCUCAGCUGAGUUGGGAUACGGUCAUGGGCUGCGUAAAAGGGGAUCUAGGAAACCAGCUCAUGCAUCAGAACGCUCUGAAGACCGAGGCCCUGAACCCUCCACACGAUUAUGUGCCAUGGAUUACCGUUAAUGGGGUGAGGCUCUAGUGUGUUGAUGCUUUGAUUUAAAUGUUGUGCUACAUUUUACUGUGAUUUUAUGAUCUGAUUUUAAAGCUCCUAUUGGUAGCCAAGGGUAGAAACUAUGUAAGUGCUCCAAACAAAACAAAGAUAUUAAAAUUUUCUCCUUUACUAAGGAGGAGCUGAUCAGAUCAUUUACAUUUUUCAAGUGGCAUAAAUUUAUUGAUGACACCAACUGAGGAAAAUGUAAAUCAUUGAGGUUAGCUUCAUGUAUCAGAAAAUCCUUAACCACUUUAUCUGGUGUACUCUGAUCAACAACAAUGCAUUUAUUUGACACUGAAAUAGUGAACUAACAUAACGAAGCAUGGCAUUAUCAAGCUGAUUAAAAUGAAAUAAUAGCUUAGUUUAGACACACCUGAUGGACAAGAGAACACCGGCGUGACUAGUGGUACAUUAGACUAAGCAAUGGAUAAUAAUCUUUUUAUAAGAGGACUGAAUGAGGGCAGAGUGAGAUCAUGUGUCUCCAGACAUCUUUGUGCUUUUAGACACAGAUAAAGCAAUAAAAAGCAUAAAUAUGUUUCAGCAUUUUAAAAGCAGCUCUUGAAAAAUGUAGCUUUAGAAGAUUAAGCAUUAUCCUGUGUUUGUACAGAUAAAAAGGGGUUAGUUUGUUGGAAUGUGAAAAAAUGAGAAGCAGCAGUUUUGGUGGUAAGUGAUCUGAAACAUCGUUAAAAAACAUCACAAUCUAAUCAAAGUUGUCUAUAUCCAGACUGAAUCUACUAAAAAAGGCCUCAAAAUCAAACUCUGCAGCUCUGUUUCCAACAAUAAGAACUCUUCUGAGCGGUCUCCAAUAACCAUGAAGGUUUUUUUGUUUGUGUGUGUUUUUUUCUUUGGUCAAACUAUUGAUUGUCAUAUUUUUGUUAAAGUUAUCACAUUUUGCUCAUUCACUGCGGAGGCAACACACCCACUCUGACAUGUGCAAAGGUUAUUCCAGAGACUUCCUUUUUAGUAACAUGAUGUUCUGUCACAUCUGCUGUGAGGAAAAAAAGAACAGACUGUUUUCAAUAGGGCCUAAAAUGUUGUAUAAGUGAUCAACAAGUCCACCCAUAAACACACUUAAAGUACACCAUAAUUUAUCAGCGCCCCCUAAAUCACAUUUUCCUGUUCCCAAAUAGCAGCUUUAACAGUGUGGUAAGAGUUUUUGGAAAUUAAUGUUUUAGCUCAGCAAAGGAGAAAUUAUCUCAGGUAAGUUACAUGUAAUGAUAGCGAACCAUUUCAGUGUGAUGCUUGCUGAGAGUCUAACAUGAGUCAGUGUUAAAUAAUGCAAGCAAUCAUUUCUUUCCAUUGUGCAUUUGAAGGCGGUAUUACUUUGAAAAUGAAAUAAUUGAUAGUAAAAGGUUUGUUGUUAACUCCGUUUGCAAUACUUAAUUUUUUGACCACAUCGCUAAGAGUAAAGGUCGGCUUUUUCCUGGCUGAUAAUCAAGUAAAGGUCAAGGUUCAUAUGGUAUUGGAAAAAGCAAAAAUAGUAUGAAAAUAAGUUUUAAAAAGAGCCAGCUUAUGCACCUUGUCUCUCUACUCAUGAUACUAAUCUUUAAAUUUUGCAGGUUCACACAGAUGACCUGCAGCAAAAGGCUUCAACUUCUCUCUUCAGUUUGGUCUGCGGCAUGAUCAAGGUACACCUAACAUCAAACCCAAGUCAUUCACUGACUUUGCUCUGAACAUCUGACUUUUCAAGUUUUCUGUACAUUCAAUUUGUGACCGUCUAUGACCAUGGGCUCUUCAUUUUUCUAGGGCACCAAGCCUGAGGCCUGUGGGGGGUCGCAAAACAAACACUACAGAAGCUACUGCCACAACAAGUGACGAGGCAGCACUGCACACACAUAUGCUUGCUCUCUUCCAGGUGUGGCAGCUAAAUGAGGAACUCUGAAGAAUUUUGUGAUUUUCUUUUGUAUCUGAUUUUAUAAUGUCUUUUUAUAAAGGGAAAAUCAAUCACCUCAUGUUAAAAUAAAAAUACAAUCCACAUUUUAAAAAAAC